AUGGCUAGUAAGUAUAGUAUUAGCAGUGGUGGAAAACGACAUCGUUCGGUUCUUUUUGCUAUUCUUAUUAUAAGUUGUUUGUUCCUAAAUAGUAUUAUUAUUAGUGCUGAUGCAUCAAAACAAACAUUAUUCCGAAAGUUCAUUAAUUCUGGUGAUGACCCAAAAUCGACUUUCUCUAACCCAUCAAACAGUGGGACCAGAUGGGCAGUUUUGGUUGCUGGCUCUUCCGGAUGGGCUAACUAUAGGCAUCAGGCGAAUGUAUGCCAUGCAUAUCAAAUAUUGAAAAAAGCUGGAUUAAAGGAUGAAAACAUAAUAGUUUUCAUGUAUGAUGAUAUUGCCUUCAACCCCAACAAUCCCAAGCCUGGAGUCAUCGUUAACAGGCCCAAUGGUCCAGAUGUCUACCAUGGAGUUCCCAAGGAUUAUACAGGGGAUAAUGCGACUGCAGAAAAUCUUUAUGCUGUUAUUCUUGGAAACAAAACAGCUGUAAGUGGAGGUAGUGGCAAGGUUGUAAAUAGCGGACCAGAUGACUAUAUUUUCAUCUAUUACACCGAUCAUGGUGGUCCUGGUGUUGUUGAGAUGACAGCUGGUGAUCAAAUUUAUGCUAAUGAGCUGGUGAACGUACUAAACAAGAAACAUGCUGCAAAUGCUUAUAAAAGCAUGGUAUUUUACCUUGAAGCAUGUGAUUCUGGGAGUAUGUUUGAGGGUCUUCUUGCAAAAAACAUAAGUAUAUAUGCAACAACAUCAACAUAUCCAAAUGAGCUUGGUUGGGCAACAUAUUGUCCAGGCCAACCUAAUUCUACUUCUACUGGCUAUGAUGUUUGUUUGGGUGACGUCUUUAGUGUUUCUUGGAUGGAAGAUUGUGACAAGGAGGAUUUACGUAAAGAAACUUUGGAGCAGCAAUAUGAAGUGGUUCGAAAGAGAACGGCGGACAAUAGCAGUGGGAGUGGCGAAACAUCGCAUGUGAUGCAGUUUGGUGAUACGAGUUUGAGCAAUCAAUUUCUGUCUACUUACAUGGGUGACAACCCUACAACCCUUUCUACAUCUUCAUCAUCAUCACCAUCAUCAAUCCCAGUUCUCGUUUCACAACGUGAUGCCGAUCUACUUCAUUUUAGGCAUAAGUUCCUUAAGGCUCCUACGGGGUCUAAAGAAAAAGUGGAGGCUCGAGAGCAUCUAUUAGCUUUGAUUUCUCAAAGGAAACAAGUUGAUCUUAACAUGAAUCGCUUAGGGAGGCUUGUACUUGGAAAUAAUGAAAAUGGAAAAGUGUUGAACAAUGUUAGGCCUCUGGGCCAACCUCUUGUAGACGAUUGGGAUUGUCUUAAGAAGCUUGUGAAGACUUAUGAAAGAUACUGUGGAUCUUUAUCAACAUAUGGUAUUAAAUACACGCGACAUUUUGCCAACAUGUGCAAUGUUGGGGUUGAUCAUUUCCAAUUUUCUGUGGCUGCACUUCAUGCCUGUUCUUAA